AUGUGCAACACGUUGUCCGAGAUGGGAAUUAAAAACCUCAUCCAGUUGUCAAUGGACGGACCCUACGUGAACUGGAAAGCAUAUGACAUGAUUCAAAAAGAGAUGCAAAAACAGGUGGACAAGUCGCUGUUAAACAUUGGCUCUUGUGGUCUGCACGUACUACACAACGCUUUCAGAGCGGGGUCCAGCGCAGCGGGAUGGGACGUUGAGCACUCGCUCUUAUGUUUGUAUUGGCUAUUUCACGAUGCUCCUGCUCGCCAUGAGGACUUCAUCAACGCUACUGGGUGUAGCAUCGCAAUGCUGAAGUUUUGCAAACACAGAUGGCUGGAAAAUGUCACGGUAUCCGAGAGAGCGCUAAAACUUUGGCCUCACAUAUUGACAUAUUUGAACAUGGUACGGAAGGGUGAUCUACCAGAACCCAAGAUCAAGUCCUUUGAGGCCAUCAAGGCCAGUGCCACAGAUCCCCUGUUUACGCUGAAACUGAUGAUAUUUAACAGCAUUGCAAGAGAGAUGGCCCCCUUUCUCACCCUUUAUCAGACUGACAGACCCAUGUUGCCAUUCUUCAGUGAUGAUAUGUUCAACCUUAUGCAAGGGCUAUUGGGGCGAUUUUGCAAAGAGAAGCCACUAAAGGAGGCAAACACAAUCCUGAAGCUUCUACAUUUUCCUCUUGAGGACAACACCUUUCAGAAAGAUGUUCAGAAAGUAAACUUGGGGUUUUCUGCUGAAGCGUCGCUUAACAAACUCAAAUUUGCAAAACAGAUCUCUGAAAGGCAGGCACUGCAGAUCAGGUUGGAGUGUAAAGUCUUCCUUAUAACAGUGUUGAAGAAGCUACAGGACAAGGCUCCUGUGAACCACCAGCUUGUAAGAAGCAUGCAGUGUCUUAACCCUAGGAGCAUGGCCAGUUCUAAAGAAAUGUGUGUUGUGAAAAUGAAGAGGAUCCUGAAUCACCUUGUGGAAGCGAAUCGUGUGGAGGACUCCAUGUGUGAUGACGUUCUGCGUGAAUUUGGGGAAUUCUGCAAUUUUGCUGCACAGCAGAGCAGUUUUAGGGAGUUCGACCCUAAGGUAGACAGAGUGGACAGUCUACUGUUUGACUCUAUGGAAAAGAAGGAAGAAGUGAAGCCAGUGUCUCAGGGAAAACAUGGGCAGAUAUCUCCACUUCUGUUCAAGCACUCUCAAAUCCUACUGCAAAAUCAAGUUCUUAAUGAGCAUUCUUAA